GGUAAUUAUGAAGUGAAAUGGAACUGAAUAUUCAGUGUUCUCUGUCUCUGUCUCAUCCGUUGAAUAUGUAAAAUACUCAUUUAGGGAAACAAAUUAAAGACAAACCUGGAAACUUUUCUUUCUCUCGGAGAUAUAUUGGAUAUGGAUUUGAUCAAAAUCUAAUCUUUCUUUUGUUACUCCGACCACUGUUACAUCACCUCUUUCUCCUUUCAUGGCGGAAGCUAACAAGACAAGUAGAGAAAUUGCAAGAAGCAAUAGUUGUGUGUUCCCAAGAGAUCUGCUUCAGAGAUUCAUCUCUAACUCAGCCGAAGGUGAAGAUGGUGAUCACGAGGAAGAAGAUGAUGAAGAGAUCGAGUUGAAUCUGGGGUUGUCUCUCGGCGGGAGAUUCGGAGUUGACAAAAGCAAUAAGCUCGUGAGAUCUUCCUCCGUUGUCGUGACGAUGCCUCUUUUCCGGGAAGCUCAUCAGCCGGAGACGACGAAGCCUGCGGAGACAGCCGUAGCGAGACCGAGACACACGGGCUUAACGAGAACGACUUCGUUGCCGGCGGAGUCGGAGGAAGAGUGGCGGAAAAGGAAAGAGAUGCAGACUCUUAGGAGAAUGGCUGCCAAAAGAAGGAGAAGCGAGAAGCUUCGCACCGGCGGUGGAAACAGUACCAAGUCAACCGAAGCUAAUAAUAAUCCGGGAGAAGCCGCCACCACUUCGAGGCGGCGAGGUAGACCGUCGUCGGGACUUCCACGGUGGUCAGCGACGGCUAACAGUGGUGGACUCUUACGGCAACAUAGCGCUGGUCAUGAGUCACUACAAGGCUCCCUUGAGUCCCAAGGCGGCGGCGGCGGUGGUGUCGGAAGCUCUUCAAGUGUCUCCGAGUUGGAAACCAAAUCCCAUCAAGCAUCUAGUGAAGAAGCAAGAAGCUUACCGUCGACACAACAACAACAGGAAGCGAUAGCAAAGCCGAACACUCGGCUUAGAAGAUUGAGUUCAGUGGACAUGAAGAUAGAGCCACCACAAGGGAAAGGGAAAAACGAGAUGCCAUGUGUGUUCACAAAGGGAGAUGGACCUAACGGGAAGAGAGUUGAUGGGAUUCUUUAUAGAUAUGGCAAUGGAGAAGAAGUGAGGAUCAUGUGUGUCUGCCAUGGUGACUUCUUGUCUCCUGCUGAUUUCGUUAAACAUGCUGGUGGUCCUCAUGUAGAUCAUCCUCUUAGGCACAUUGUUGUCAACACUUCUUCUCCUUCUAAUCUCUUAUAGAACCCUUUCCUAACCCCCCUCUCCUCAUUUGAUCCCUUUAUUUUAAGACCAGAGUGUAGAGAAGAUGUUUUUAAGAGGUUUUAGAUCAUGACAACAUAUGUAUGUUUUGUCUGAAUCUGGUAAUUUCCCAAUA